CACUUGAAAAGAAAAAGAAGUAAAAGAAGACCUCACCCUGACGCCCGUGACUGUCUGUACCAAUUCGGCUAUGUCAAUGAUGAGAUCGAUGAAGACAUUGAAAAGAGUGCAGCUUGUGACAGCUCCCUGUCAACAUUGAAAAGAGUGCAGGUUGUGACAGCUCCCUGUGGAAACAUUGAAAAGAGUGCAGCUUGUGACAUCCCUGUGGAAGGUCCGAGUGCAGCUUGUGACAGCUCCCUGUGGAAGGCCCAAAUUCCGGAUGAAUACCAUCUUCGCCAGGAGACUGUUUUGUACUUGAGCUGUUUUAUUGCAGGAUUAAGUUCGCAAGGUGUGAAUGGUUCAGUAAGUACAUUAUUUGGUGUCCAAGGUCGGAAUGGUUCAAAAAAUCGCCCUCCUCUGGGCGAAUCACAACGUCUUCAGAUCCUCCAGUGGAAUGCUGGAGCAAUGUCUCCGGACAAAAAGAUCCAAGUACAGAAAAUCCUACAAACCUAUGAUGUAGACAUUUUCACAAUUAUGGAAGCUAACAUUUUGGAUGACAAACUGAAGUACAACCGAUUCCCAGGUUACACCCUGUACAAUCUACCUAAAUACCGGCAAGUUGCAAGUGGAGUUCUAACUAGAAUUAAAGAAGGCCUCACCUCACACUACGAUCUAAUCAAGGGUAUGGGCUCGACACAAGACAAAUGCGAAAUAAUCAGAUUAAAUGUUUGGAAAUGUUAA